CCUUGGGGAGGGGCGGGUGGGUCUAGAUGAAUCGUUCCCGGGGUCCUGGAUGAGGCGGGCCGGGGGGCCGCGCUGUUUUUAGAGGGUCCCCGCGGGGCCCGGGCGGGGCCGCGGCCGUGUCUGCAUGGGUGGGGGACUUCCCGAUCCGGCCUGGACCAUGACCUGAAGUGUGCGAGCGGGACGUGUCCGGAGCUCCAGAGCCAGCUCACCUGAGCCGCCCCUCCCCCGGCCAGCAUGGCAUCUGAAGAAGCCUCCCUCAGGGCAUUGGAAAGUCUGAUGACAGAAUUUUUCCACGAUUGUACAACCAAUGAAAGAAAACGUGAGAUAGCCUUCUUUUGUUGCUAUUUAACUUUUCCAGAGGAGCUUCUUGAUAACUUUGCCCAGCAAAUAGGAGCCUGGAGACUCUGCCUGUACUUCCUCUCCAGCACUAGAAAUGACUAUGUCAUGAUGUACAGUUUAACGGUGUUUGAGAAUCUGAUUAAUAAAAUGUGGCUUGGGGUCCCCUCUCAAGAUAAGAUGGAAAUCCGUAGCUGCCUGCCCAAACUCCUUUUGGCUCACCACAAAACCUUACCUUACUUUAUCCGGAACAAGCUCUGCAAAGUUAUUGUUGAUAUUGGCCGUCAAGAUUGGCCCAUGUUCUACCAUGACUUUUUUACAAACAUUUUACAGUUGAUCCAGUCCCCUGUAACCACCCCCCUUGGGCUGAUCAUGUUGAAGACGACUUCGGAAGAGCUGGCUUGUCCCCGAGAGGACCUCAGCGUGGCUCGGAAGGAGGAGCUGCGGAAGUUGCUGCUGGACCAGGUGCAGACUGUGCUUGGGCUGCUGACAGGUAUCUUGGAGACUGUCUGGGACAAACACAGUGUCACUGCUGCCACCCCACCACCAUCCCCGACCUCAGGAGAAAGUGGUGACUUACUGAGUAACCUGUUGCAGAGUCCUAGUUCAGCCAAACUGUUGAAUCAGCCAAUCCCCAUCCUUGAUGCGGAGAGUGAGUAUAUCUGUUCCCUGGCCUUGGAGUGCCUGGCCCAUCUCUUCAGUUGGAUUCCUCUGUCUGCCAGCAUCACCCCAUCCCUCCUAACCACCAUCUUCCACUUUGCGCGCUUUGGCUGUGACAUCCGGGCCAGAAAGAUGGCAUCAGUUAACGGCAGCAGCCAGAACUGUGUGUUGGGUCAGGAGCGCGGCCGGCUUGGGGUCCUGGCCAUGUCCUGCAUCAAUGAACUCAUGUCCAAGAACUGUGUGCCUAUGGAAUUCGAGGAGUAUUUACUACGUAUGUUCCAGCAGACUUUCUACCUCCUGCAGAAAAUCACCAAGGAUAACAAUGCCCACACGGUGAAGAGCAGGCUGGAAGAACUCGAUGAGAGGUCUGAGGUGGCGCAGGAGCCGAGUCUGCUGCUCGUGCGUAGCCAGGAACGUGAGAGGAGGCCUUGGAGCUACAUCGAGAAGUUUACUGACUUCCUCCGGCUCUUUGUGAGUGUUCACCUGAGAAGAAUCGAGUCCUACUCCCAGUUUCCCGUGGUGGAGUUCUUGACGCUUUUGUUCAAGUACACAUUUCAUCAGCCUACUCAUGAAGGUUACUUCUCUUGUUUGGAUAUCUGGACGCUCUUUUUGGACUAUCUGACAAGUAAAAUUAAAAGCCGUCUGGGAGACAAGGAAGCAGUUCUCAACAGGUACGAAGAUGCUCUAGUCCUCUUGCUCACGGAGGUGUUGAAUCGAAUCCAGUUCAGAUACAAUCAGGCCCAAUUGGAGGAGCUGGAUGACGAGACUUUGGAUGACGAUCAGCAGACAGAGUGGCAGCGGUACUUACGCCAGAGCUUGGAGGUAGUGGCCAAAGUGAUGGAGCUCCUUCCCACACACGCCUUCUCAACACUGUUCCCAGUUCUUCAGGACAAUUUAGAAGUUUAUCUGGGGUUACAGCAGUUUAUAGUUACUUCAGGGUCAGGUCACAGGUUGAACAUCACAGCAGAAAACGACUGUCGGCGAUUGCACUGCUCCCUAAGAGACUUGAGCUCCCUUCUGCAGGCUGUGGGCCGGCUGGCCGAGUACUUCAUCGGAGAUGUGUUUGCAGCGCGGUUCAGUGAUGCCCUCACAGUUGUGGAGAGGUUGGUUAAAGUCACUCUGUAUGGAUCUCAGAUAAAGUUGUACAACAUUGAAACUGCUGUGCCAUCAGUACUGAAACCUGACCUCAUCGAUGUGCAUGCUCAGUCCCUGGCUGCUCUGCAGGCUUACUCUCACUGGCUAGCACAGUAUUGCAGUGAAGCUCAUCGGCAGAAUACACAGCAAUUUGUUACGCUUAUCUCCACCACCAUGGAUGCAGUCACACCUCUGAUCAGCACGAAGGUCCAAGACAAGUUGCUGCUAUCUGCGUGCCACUUACUGGUCUCCCUGGCCACCACUGUGAGGCCCGUCUUUCUGAUCAGUAUCCCCGCGGUGCAGAAAGUAUUCAACAGAAUCACCGAUGCCUCUGCUCAGCGACUUGUCGAUAAGGCUCAGGUGUUGGUGUGCCGAGCCCUCUCUAACAUCCUUCUGCUUCCGUGGCCAAACCUCCCUGAGAAUGAACAGCAGUGGCCCGUGCGUUCCAUCAACCAUGCCAGCCUCAUCUCUGCACUCUCAAGGGACUAUCGCAACCUGAAACCCAAUGCUGUUGCCCCACAGAGGAAGAUGCCACUGGAUGACACAAAAGUGAUUAUCCACCAGACACUUAGCGUCUUAGAGGACAUCGUGGAGAAUAUCUCCGGAGAGUCCACCAAGUCCCGGCAGAUAUGCUACCAGUCGCUGCAGGAAUCCGUGCAGGUCUCCCUGGCCCUCUUUCCAGCUUUUAUCCAUCAGUCAGAUGUGACCGAUGAGAUGCUGAGCUUCUUCCUCACCCUGUUUCGAGGCCUUAGAGUACAGAUGGGUGUGCCUUUCACAGAGCAAAUCAUACAGACUUUCCUCAACAUGUUUACCAGAGAGCAGUUGGCUGAGAGUAUCCUCCAUGAAGGCAGCACUGGCUGCCGGGUGGUGGAGAAGUUCCUGAAGAUCCUGCAGGUGGUGGUCCAGGAGCCUGGCCAGGUGUUCAAGCCUUUUCUCCCCAGCAUCAUCUCCCUGUGCAUGGAGCAGGUGUAUCCCAUCAUUGCCGAGCGCCCCUCCCCUGAUGUGAAGGCUGAGCUGUUUGAGCUCCUUUUCCGGACGCUCCAUCACAACUGGAGGUACUUCUUCAAGUCCACUGUCCUGGCCAGUGUCCAGAGGGGGAUCGCUGAGGAGCAGAUGGAGAAUGAGCCUCAGUUCAGUGCCAUCAUGCAGGCUUUUGGACAGUCCUUUCUUCAGCCUGAUAUCCACCUAUUUAAACAAAAUCUCUUCUACUUGGAAACUCUCAACACCAAGCAGAAGCUGUACCACAAGAAGAUCUUCCGGACCGCCAUGCUGUUUCAGUUUGUGAACGUGCUGCUGCAGGUCCUGGUUCACAAGUCCCAUGACCUUCUGCAGGAGGAGAUCGGCAUCGCCAUUUACAACAUGGCCUCUGUGGACUUUGAUGGCUUCUUUGCAGCCUUCCUCCCAGAGUUUCUGACCAGCUGUGAUGGUGUGGAUGCCAACCAGAAAAAUGUGCUGGGGCGAAAUUUCAAGAUGGAUCGGGACCUGCCCUCAUUCACCCAGAACGUGCACAGGCUGGUCAACGACCUGCGUUACUACAGACUCUGCAAUGACAGCCUGCCCCCCGGCACCGUGAAGCUCUAGGCACAGCCUGCUUGCCGCCAAGGGACUCGAACUCCUGCUGCUGCCACCCGCAUCACCUCUGCCCUCUGCCACAGACGGCUCCCAGACAGGCCUCGGCUGCUCCUUGGAUUCUUGCACCCUGAACAGUGCUGCCUGCCCCCCUGCCCCUCUCCACGCUCCUCUCCUGCUGCCCACCCAGCCGAGCUGGCUUCAGGGUGCAUCUUAGCACUGGUUGGAGUGCCCAGGGCAACGGGAGCAAGCAGAGGGUCAUGUGGCCAGGUUCCAGGGAGGCCCCAGGGAAUCCUGUGGGCUGGUCUGCGCCACUCCCUUGGACAUCAGCCAUGAGGCAGAAACGCCAAGGACUGCUCAUGACAGUGCCACCUUCUCACCAUUCCACCCCCAUCCCCGGCCCAGCCGGCCUGGAGAGACUUGAUGCUGGAACUGUUUUGGCACUUCUGUCAAGCCUCUCCUGCCCUCCCCUCCGAUUGCCUUGAAGUCUCUGCUCUUCGUCAGAGAUUUGCAGACUCAUGGGUUUUUUUUGUUCUUGUUUUCUCAUCAUUCCAUUGUGAUACUAAGGAACUAAGAAGCUUAAUGAAAAAAUAAAAUGCUUAUGUUGUUGUUAUAUAAA